AUGCCAUUCCUAGGUCGUGAUAAGGGUCGCUCCAGAUCGCGCAGAUCCGAUGACGAGUUUGUGGUUUUUUUGCAAGGUAUUCCAUCGCACUGCCGCUGGCAAGAGCUGAAGGAUCUUGUGCGUCAAACUGCUCUGCAUAUCCGUCAAGCGGUAGUAUACGACGACAGCCACGGCUUCCCUACUGGACUAGGCCAGAUUAUCAUCAAAAAUGAGGACGAGGCCUGGCGAACAUAUCAUCGACUUUCAACAAACGGAUGGGAAGGCCAAAGUCUGGUGGUCACGCUCUCGCGAACUAGCACACCCACCAAACCAAUCGCCGGACCUACCAGAAGCCCAUCUACCAUGUCAGGUCACUCAACACCCCCACGAGCCUAUGGAAACACAACAAUGCCACCGUCUCCAGUCUCACCUGAAUCCGCUCAACCUCCCACCCCAACAUUCACAUACCCAGAAUACGGCGCCAUGAUGCCCAUGCCGAUUCAGGGACAGUUCCUCCCAAUGCUACCGGAAAUGGUUCCAAUGCAAUGCUUCUCCCCAUCCCCAUCAAUGAACGGAUACGAGCCGCAAUGGAUGAUGCCAUACCCUAUGACUCCACAACACAGUGGACACACAGCCGAUCAAUACUUCUACCCUCCGCCUUACAAAGCACCAGACCCUCAAUCUCCGUCUUUCUUCCCGGACUGUCGCACAGUCACCCUGGAUAAUCUCCACCCAUCCACCACACCCGGCAAUCUAAAAGAGCUGGUCUCAUCUGCUGGAAUUGUCACGCAGUGUAAUAUGGCAUUGGAAAUCGAUCAGACUCGUGCAUCAAUCACCAUGCAGACAAACGAAGAAGCUCAACGUGCCGUCACCAUGUUCAACAACACGAAGUUCAUGGGCUCUCGUAUCAGUGUCAGACUUGAUCGUGGACCUCCCUCGCGUGGCUCAAGAUUAAGUUCCUCCGGUACUGACAGUUUGACAUCUGAGAGCGGCGACUCUUUAUCUUGGGCUGAUGAGAUGUGUGGGCUUGAACAAAGGACUUGCAAGCCGCUGGUGAUCGAUGGGUCUGGGAAGUCGAGGUCGGAUAUGCUGUGCACGUCUGCUCCGACUUGA